GCAGGAAGUUAACGCGUGUGUUGGGGGGAAGGUUGUAUAUGUAACGCAGGAAGUGUUUCAGAGGUUACCGGCGAGCGGCUUGUAACGUCCAUGCAUCCUUUUAUUAAGAUUAAUAGACAUUAAUAGACACAUUCUCGGUUUUGGAGGCAGCUGCGGUGAAAUGACGACCAAAGUAAGGGAUUUGUUGUCAUGUUAGCGUCACCAAAAUAUUGACUGAAAAACAAUAUCACUUCCCUCCACACAUCGACGCAGUCUGGGAACAGUAUCGUCAUGCUAUUCUAAAAUGUGAACUAUCAAAACAAAUGAGUAGGUGUCACGAUUUAAGUAUUUAUUCUAAUUCUUAUAAUCAAAUGUCAUAAUUGGAUUCCUGUAGAGGUGUGUACAUUAAGUAAAAAUAAUUAUUGUAAUCAAAUGUUAUAAUUUGAUUGCUGUAGAGGUGUGUACAUUAAGUAAAAAUAAUUCUUAUAAUCAAAUGUUAUAAUUUGAUUUCUGUAGAGGUGUGUACAUUAAGUAAAAAAAAAUGCCACUGUCAGACAUACUGGACAGUCUGAAGGACAACCCCUACUUCGGGGCUGGUUUUGGACUGGUGGGUGUUGGAACCGCAUUGGCGAUGGCCAGGAAAGGAGCCCAAGUGGGGAUGGUGUUUUUUCGAAGGAACUACAUGAUCACCCUGGAGGUCCCCAGCAAGGACAAAAGCUACCACUGGCUGCUGAGUUGGAUCACGAAGCACGCCAGGCACACGCAGCACCUGAGUGUGCAGACCUCAUACCUGGCCCAUGAGAGUGGACGGGUUCACACUCAGUUCGACUUUCACCCAAGCCCCGGGAACCACAUCAUCUGGUAUGGGAGGAAGUGGAUCAGGGUGGAGAGGACCAGAGAGAAACAGAUGAUUGAUCUGCAAACGGGAACGCCUUGGGAGUCUGUCACGUUUACAGCGUUAGGCAGAGACAGACAGAUCUUCUUCAAUAUCUUACAAGAAGCCAGAGAAUUAGCACUGAAGCAGGAGGAAGGACGCACGGUGAUGUACACGGCCAUGGGAGCGGAGUGGAGGCCCUUUGGGUUUCCACGGCGACGCCGACCCCUCAGCUCGGUGGUGCUAGAGGCGGGUGUGGCUGAAAGACUUGUAGACGACGUGAAGGAGUUCAUCGGAAACCCCAAGUGGUAUACAGACCGCGGCAUCCCCUACAGAAGAGGAUACCUGUUGUAUGGACCACCAGGAUGUGGAAAAAGCAGCUUUAUCACGGCUCUGGCCGGCGAGCUGGGCUAUAGUAUCUGUUUGAUGAGUCUGAGUGACCGCUCACUUUCCGACGACCGUCUGAACCAUCUGUUGAGUGUGGCACCGCAGCAAAGUAUAAUCCUGUUGGAGGACGUCGACGCCGCCUUCGUCAGCAGAGACCUUCUCCCCACAGAAAACCCGUUGGCCUACCAGGGAAUGGGUAGGCUGACCUUCAGUGGCCUGCUGAACUCUCUGGAUGGAGUGGCUUCCUCUGAGGCCAGAAUUGUAUUCAUGACCACCAAUUUCAUUGACAGGUUAGAUUCGGCUCUGAUCCGACCCGGCCGCGUCGAUCUGAAGCAAUACAUCGGACAUUGUACGCACUGGCAGCUAACGCAGAUGUUCAGACGCUUCUAUCCGGACGAGCCCGCCUCUGAGGCAGAGCGUUUUGCAAAGUGUGCGCUGUCUGCCCACACGACCAUCAGCGCCGCUCAGGUGCAAGGGCACUUUCUGUUGCACAAAAUGGACCCUGAGGGAUCGAUAAGCAACGUUGCCAAAAUACAAGAAUGACAGGACUGGAUAUUUUUGUCAUUGAAUAGAACCUUUUUAAAAAAAAGAGUGAAAUGAACAACACUGUUGCACAUUUAUUUAAAAACAUAUGUAUUUGCCCAUUGAGGUGGGCCAUUACCAAAGACUAGACUUCUUAUUAAGAAGGGGAUCUUCUUUUAAAGUUUAAAUGUAUUAAUUUUUUGUUCAUAAUUUAUAUCAGUUGAAUCUACCAUCGUGCAAAACUUCCCGCUUUAAAGAGGAAUUCUUAAUCAUGGCCCUUGACAUA